AUUCUUGAUAUUAUUGGGAAUUACGUAUUGUUUAAUUUAAUUAUCGUGUUCGGCGCGUUUUGUAGUUCAGUAUUAGCCAGGUUGCCAUUGAUGAAUAAACUACUUAUCGUUAUCGGUUCCUGUGUUGAGGAUUAAAUAAAUAAUGGCAAAUUUAAUAAGAAACAUCUGCACACGGACUCCAUCGGCAUCCUCCAGUUUUCAUCGAGCUUUUAGUGUUUCUUCUACUAAUAAUAAAAAUUACUCAUGCAAGCUGCUGGUGGUGGGUGGAGGGUCGGGCGGGUGCACCAUCGCCAACAAGUUUGCAAGAAGACUUGGAAAAGAUGCAGUCAUAGUUGUAGAACCAAGUAAAGACCACUACUACCAGCCUCUAUGGACGCUGGUCGGCGCGGGUGUCAAGCGAGUGGCGGACACCCGGCGCCCCGCCCGCAGCGUGCUGCCCGCCGCCGCCACGUGGGUCGUGGACCGCGCCGCCUGCUUACACCCUGAGAGGAAUAAGCUAGUGACGGAGGAAGGCCAUGAGAUAGAGUAUGAAUAUGUGGUGGUGGCCACUGGGAUAGAUAACGACUAUGACAAGAUCCCCGGCCUCAAGCAAGCCCUCGACGACAUCCACAGCGGGGUAUCCACCAUCUACUCGGCAGAGUACUGCGAGAAGACGUGGCGCGACCUGCAGCUGUUCACGGGCGGAGACGCCAUUUUCACGUUCCCGGACACGCCGAUUAAAUGUCCGGGGGCGCCGCAGAAGAUUGCGUAUAUGACUGAUGCUUACUUUGAAAAGAAAAACAUCCGCUCCAAGGCGAACAUCCACUACAACACGUUCCUGCCCGUCAUCUUCGGCAUCAAGAAGUACGCGGACGAACUACUCAAGGUGGCUGCGAGGAAGAACAUCAGUGUCAACUACCGGACGUUGCUGACGGCGGUGCAUGGGGAUAGGAAGGAGGCCACGUUUGUAGUGAAGGAUGCUGAUGGGAAGCAGGUUUCGGAAAGCACGGUACCCUACGAUCUCCUCCACGUGACGCCCGCUAUGAGGACGCCGGAGUUCCUGCGCACGAACACCGCUUUAGUCGAUAAGACCGGCUUCCUGGACGUGGACAAGUACAGUCUGCAGCACAAGAAGUACAAGAACAUGUACGGCAUAGGGGACUGCACGAAUACGCCCAACAGUAAAACUGCUGCUGCUAUCGCGAAGCAAUGCUACGUGCUCGAGCAGAAUCUCCUCAAGACAAUGAAGCAGGACACUCCGUAUGCCUCGUACGACGGCUACGGCGCAUGCCCGCUCGUGACGUCAUACAACACGUGCAUACUGGCAGAAUUCUUGUAUGACGGGGUCGUGCAUGAAACGUUCCCCUUUGACCAGGUUUCCGCGAAAGAGAGCAGAUUGGCAUACUACUUGAAACGAGACAUGUUUCCCUUCAUCUACUGGAAUGCGAUGCUGAAGGGGUACUACCACGGGCCUGAGUUUGUGAGGACCUUCGCAGCUCCCUUGGCUAGGCUUGCUGGGAAAAAAGAUUAAUAGAGAAAAGAGAUUAAAGAUUAAUGGGUUAAAAGAUUAAUUCACGUAAUGAAAGUCUGUUUUUAACCGACUUCUUAAAUCUCAGAUACUAAAUUGACAGAUUCUGAAGGGUUCGUCAACAGUCGUCGAUUGUCCCGCGAUUAAGUGACGUAUCGUUCUAUUGGCGGGACCAUCGACUGUUGAUGAACCGUUCAGUAUCUGUCAAUUUAAUAUCUGAGAUUAAAAAACAGACUUUAGUGAUACAUAUUACCGCAUAACGUACUAGUACUACUAAUAUAAUUGUAAGUAAUGUAUUUAGUACUAUUGUAUUCUUGGUGCUACACGCCAUUGCUUAUUGAAAGAGGUAUCAAAACCAGCUUAUACUCAUAAUUUAAAUAUACGUAAAAUAGAAAAGUAUCUAAGCUCUUUAAAUGUAGUUAAAGGUGAAGUGUUACGAAUAGAUAUUUGUAUAUUUUUGUAAAACUUUUAUGAUUGUGAGUAUCCUUUUUGCAAUGUGUAAAAAAUGCUUUAUAUUUACUGGUGAUAUCCAUAAGAACAAAGAUUUUUAUUACAACUAUUGUUAUUAUAAUAAUUAACAGAAAUUUUAUAAAGUUAUGAACACAUUAUGACAUUUUCUAUGUGAUUUUUUAUUUAUUUUAAUGUUAAUAUAAUCGGUAUCUUUGUGAUUUAAACCUUUUUUAAUGAAUAUAGAUACGUAAUCAUGUUA